GGAGCCAUUUUUCCGGCUCGAGGUGACCUCCAAAGUAAGAAGCCGAGCCAGUUGGAACUCACGAGCGCCUCAUGGGCUCUUGUGUGGACUUCGGGAUGCUCGCGCCAACUGUGCCUGCGCGGAGCGCGCCUGCGCCGAAGGGGCCUCAGGUGUCUUCAAGGGUCCGCAUCCCUUCCACUGGAACUGGCGCAAGAUUUGCGGGGCCUGCCCGAUUUCCCGCGGCUGCGGCGCUUGCAGCCCUCGCAGUGCGCCGGAUCUCCCGAGCUGGUAGGGCCUGCCGGGCUGAUGACGUCGACUAUGAGGUUGUCGCGGAACUCAUCUUGAAGCAAACCGGGCGCAUGCCAGAGGAGCUUCGGGACGAAUGGGUGAACGGCUUGCAGUGUCCGUGGUGCGGAGGCGGCCGGAAGAAGGAGAAAUCCUUUUCUUGCCGCGUGCGGCCUGGGCAAAUCUACUGCAAGUGUUGGCGAGCCAACAAGUGCAAGAUACAGACUACACUGCGUGCCGUUGCUCCAGCCGGCGGCAGUGCUCAAAGACCGGCGCCCUCAAGAUCGGCGCAAGUGGAAAGAGCCCAGCCGACGAGGAGCGCCCUGGGUUUGGACAAUCGCCUACUGAGCGUACCGCACCGGGAGUACCUCCUGCAGCGAGGCAUCACCGAGCAGGUUCUCCGCAGGAACCGGGUUUGCUCCAAGAAGCACAAGCUGGGCAACGUCUUGGUCUUCCAAUACUUCGCCUCCGAGCCCGACUCAUCACCGAGGCUGGUGGCGGAGAAGGUGCGGAAACUGCCCAAGGAGUUCUGGCAGACUACGGGUGGUCAGAAGUGCCUCUACGGCGUAGACGACAUCAAGGGCCAGCCGGAGAUGGUGUUGACGGAAGGGGAAAUCGACAAGCUGUCCUUGGAGGUGGCGGGCAUCAGGGCGGCUGCGUCGCUGCAGAACGGCUGCAAAGGCGGUCUGUCGCUCGCCUUUGGCGCGGAGGAGGCAUUCGCGAAGGCCAAGCGGAUUGUGCUGGCAGUGGAUGGCGAUGAGGGCGGCCAGGCCUGCGCCGAGGAGCUUGCGAAGCGGCUGGGCAAGUCGAAGCGGGGCGUCUCAAGAUGGCAGAUGUGCUACCUGGUGAAGUGGCCCGAGGGCUGUAAGGAUGCCAAUGAGGUGCUGAUGCGCUACGGCGCCGAGCGGCUCCGGAGCCUCAUGGCGGAAGCGGAGCCGAUGAUUAAGGGCUUCGACGACGAGGUGAUGGCCGAGGUGAUGGCGCGAAUCUCAGGCACUAUGCCGCUGGAGUACAUUUCCGGUGUCUCCACGGGCUGGGAAGGCGUGGACAACUUCCUGCGCAUCGUGCCGGGGGAGAUCUCGGUGGUCACCGGCAUGCCGGGGAACGGCAAGUCGGAGUGGCUGUUGUCUCUGGCAGUCAACCUGAGCUAUCGUCAUCAGUGGCGCACGCUGCUCUUCGCCUUUGAGGGCAAGGAGGAAAGCCUCGCGGCUCAGCUGGCCACCAAGGUCCAGGCCACCGUUCCGCAGCUCCAGGACCCUGGAGUGGCCCUGGAGUGGCUGGAUGAGCACAUCACGCUGGGCUGCAGCGACUUCGAAGGCUUCACUCAGGAGAAGAUCUUGGCGAGGGCGAGGGAAGAGAAGGCCCAGGGCUUGGAUCUCUUGAUCGUGGACCCCUACAACUGCAUCGAGAAGAGCAAGGAGGAGAAGGACGAGGUGGAGCAUAAGUACAUCGGCUCGCUACUCGGGAAGCUCCGGAAGUUUGCAGAUGAGUACAAGGUCCAUGUGGUCAUCGUGGCACAUCCCACCAAGUCCGCCGCGUGGCUCAACGAAAGUCCGGGGCUCUACGAUAUCGCCGGCAGCGCCGAGUGGUUCAACAAGACAGACAACGGCAUAGUUGUCAACCGUCGCAAGGUUGAGUUGGAGGACGGCGAUGUGGUGUCCACACGGCAGGUGGAAAUCAGCGUGAAGAAGGUGCGAAACCGGGAGGCGGGGAAGCUGGGCUCCGCGUGGCUGCUCUACGACGCCAAGACCCGCAGCUAUUCGGACCUGCAGAUGGAUCUCGGGUGUGAGGAAGACGAUGCUGUUCCGCAGCGCGCUCAGGCGCGCACGAGCGCCCACGCCUGAGGCACUUUGUCGGUGAGAGCUUUGGCCGAGCGAAUCUCUUCCGAUCGUCGAAUAUUUGGGUUCUCAAAGUGGGGAGCCCGCCCCAUUGCAGGGCUCGAUUCCUAGUAUUGUCU